GCGCAGUCUUCCUUCAUCACCCACCAUCAGCAACGAGCUAGCGAACAGCACGCACGAGCAGCCGAACUCUGCGAUAAACCAUCAUGUGGGACGAAUACCCGGGCAACCAGCGCCGCAACUACGCUCCUCCGCCUGGUCCUCCGCCCUUUCCUCGCCCUGGGCCGCCUGGUGAACCCUAUGGCUUCCCUUCUCCUGACGCUAUGCCACCAUCGUCCGACUCGCGUACCAGCUAUCGGCCUGACUAUGGCUCAUACGCCCCUCCACCAGCACCGCCACCGUUCGACCCAUAUGGCUCUCCUCCAGGUCCCCCGCCUGGCGGCUUCCCAGAACCAGGCUACCCUGGGCAGGGAUUCCCGGGAGAGGACCGCCCUCACCACCAUCACCAUCACCACCACAGCGGGUACUCCUCGUCCGAGAGUUUCACCCCUCCCCCGGGACCUCCGCCGUCCAUACCUCCGCGGACGUCAUACGGGGCGCCACCAGCUAUACCUCCGAGGCCUGGUGGCAACUAUGCUUCCGCGGGGUAUGCGGCAUCUCCCUGCCCGCCUCCCAGUCAGAUGUUAUCGCCCUCAAGCAUCAAUCGUCAGGGCGCGUCGACGCCGCAUCACUAUGCACCGCCUCCGGGAGCUCCUCCGCCGCAGUAUUCGCAAUCGGGUAUCCCUUCUAGUCAUUACGCUCCACCCCCAGGGCCGCCUCCAAGCCAUAGCCCACUUCCCUAUGGAGCCCCCGCUCAGUCAAGUGGUAGAUAUGCUCCUCCGCCUGGCCCGCCGCCACGGCCUCCGGCAGAGCAGCAGCACUAUGGGCCUGUGUGGGAAGGGCCGAACCACCAGCGCCAGCAGCCGUACUUCCAAUAUUCCCAAUGUACCGGGAGGAGGAAGGCACUUUGUAUUGGAAUCAAUUACAUUGGAACGUCUCAGCAGCUGAAAGGGUGCAUCAAUGAUGCCAACAACAUGCGGAGUUUUUUGAUAUCCGAAUACGGAUACAAGGGUGAGGACAUCGUCAUGCUGACCGAUGACCAGGCCAACCCAAGGGCAAUCCCGACGAGGAUGAAUAUGAUACAAGCGAUGCAAUGGCUUGUGCGUGAUGCGCGGCCCAACGAUUCCCUUUUCUUCCACUACUCUGGACACGGCGGCCUCACGAAGGACCUGGAUGGAGACGAAGAAUCUGGCUAUGAUGAGGUAAUCUAUCCGCUCGACUUCAAGGUCAACGGACAGAUAGUCGAUGAUGAACUGCACGAUAUGCUCGUGAAGCCGCUUCCUCCCGGCUGUCGUCUCACUGCGCUCUUCGACUCAUGCCAUUCAGGGUCUGUCCUGGACCUGCCAUGGAUGUAUUCCCACGAAGGAAAAAUCAAAGAACCAAACCUUGCUGCAGAAGCGGCGCAGGGCCUCCUCGGCGCUGUCAGCUCGUAUGCACGUGGUGAUAUCAUGGGAGCCAUAGGCUCGGUGACUGGUCUCGUGAAGGAAGUCACGGGUCAUAAUCAGACUAUUCGGAACAAGAAACGGGAGACGAAGACGAGCCCCGCUGACGUGAUCUGUUGGGGCGGAUGCAAAGAUCAGCAGACGAGCGCGGAUACGUUUGAGGGAGGUGAAGCUGUGGGCGCAAUGAGCUAUGCAUUCACGACAUGCAUCCGACAAAACAAACAGCAGAGCUAUCAGCAACUUCUGGUCAACGUCCGCGAGAUCCUGUAUGGAAAGUACACCCAGAAACCUCAGCUCUCCAGCUCCCACCCGAUCGACACGUCUCUUAUGUUCAUCUGCUAAACUCUAUCAUGCCACCAGGUCAAGCACGAAAAUGGAGUCGGGACUGUGAGUCAGUAAAUCCAGACUUUUUUUGGCACCAAUGCGAACUUGUAUAUCCCUCAUGAUGUGGUGGAUGUUCCUUAUGAAUGUUCGGUGACAGACGAAUGUCGAGGCACUGUUGCAGGAUAUUUUGAGCAAGUAUAGCCGGCACUUCCUCG